GAUGAACAGUUGAGUAGCGGAAUUCAAAGUGUUUAUUACGGAAGCGGACUCGCGCAAAGCGACGGUACAAUUCAUAGCAGAGUGAAAUAUACAAAAAUUAACGCAUUUAUUAAACUGUCAAUACCAAGUGAUCUCUUUUCUGUAUUGUUUAAGAUGUGAUUUCAUUGCGCAAACUUUCGGUAAAUAAUUAAGAUUAAGAUGCUUAGUAAAACUGUAUUGAAGUGUUAAGAGUUACAAAGUGAAAAAUUGACGCAGCAAAAAGCAAAAAAAAAACAACAAAAACAUACUUGUUUACAAACAAGUUUUAGUUUUAAAUGAAUUGUACAAAUAUUUCAACACAUUUCAACACAUCAAAAUCAAGAUGAGACUUCCACACACAAAUCUUCGGAGGAGCGGUAGUCUGAAUAAAACCAGCUUAAUUACGGCUUUAUUUCUUCUACAUUUAACAACAUUAUGGAGCGUUGAAGCCGCGCCACAAUCGUAUCCAACCAACGACGAUCAGGAAUUCCGUCGUAACUAUGCCGUCGAAUAUGGCGCGCCAUUAAUCACACCUCUCAUGGAAUAUGUAACACUUGAAUUAAAUACCAAUUAUACAAUACGUUGUGAGGCCGAUGAGCCAAUGUUGUGGAAAUUACCUACUUCUUACUUAACUGAACCCGAAGUGAAAAUAUUUGACACGGGCGACCCACAACGUCCCUACGGCAGUAUGUUAUAUCUGCUGGAUAUUUCACAUUCGGCUUUGGGCAAUUACUAUUGUGUAAAAAAUUCAAGUAUUAAAAAGGACAUAGACGAGAUGGCGGACGAGGAACUAGUAGAGUUGGUUAAUAAUAAUAAAGCCUCUUCGAUUUACAUCUAUGUUAAUGAUCCAGAUAAUCUUCUGGCAGAAAUCGAUUUUCCGGUCAUAACUGCGAUUCAAUAUCAGGAUACGGUCAUACCAUGUAAACCAACUAUGCCUAAUAUAGAAGUGCUCCUAACCACACCGCAUGGUGAAACAUUUUCCAGUGAAAGUACCGGCCGCUAUGAUCCACAACGCGGUUUCGUCGUCGAAAUACGCGGCGUAACCGAUAGCGGCAACUAUAUGUGCCGUCCGAGAGUGCCGUCUCCAGAUAAUGAAGAGGAGGAAGUAACCUUUGAGAUCCAUUUUGUUGGUAACGAACCUGUUAUACAUAUGGAUGUGGAUGUGGAUGUUGAUGUUAAUAUUGACCCAACUAAUCUUGGUGAUGGCAAUGUUGUUAAUGAAAAAAAUAAGAUUAAAUUUGGCGCUGGAAUUCAUAAUAGCAAUAGCAUAGCAAAUGUUGUGGGUGUUACUAAUGGUGACGGUUACGAUUAUGGUACGACGCACGCGACUACCAUUUCUGGUUAUACGAAAAUCGCAAAAGUAGUUGAAAAUCAUGCAGACGACAAUCUCACAGACAUUGUUAGUAGUGCGCGAAAUGUUGUUGAAGAAAAUCAUAAUUAUGAAAUCGAAUCUCAGCGUUCAACACGUGUGCGCGCCACAAAGAGACCGUUUUUGAAACGCGCUGCGCCAACGACUAGAUGGCAUAGUUCACGAUUCCGUGGUGCGCUGCGAUCGAGUACGAAAUUUAUUGAGAAACCGAUUAUAACCUCGAAUUCGCGUGGACAUGUGAACGUUGGUGAAAACUUCACUUUGAAUUGUUAUGCGAAAAUCGCCUUUGAUGUUAACUACGCAACAGAUUGGAAAACACCACCAGGCGUUGAUGAGAGUCGUAUCAUCAAAAGUAUACCAGCAUUUAUAAACUCAACAUCGACACAUCAAAUCGGUGAGGCAAAGUUGACCAUAUUAAAUGCUAAGAAAUCAGAUUCUGGUCUCUAUGAAUGCAUUUGCACGGAUCAUUCGAAAAAUGUUGGACGCAACAAUUAUCAAAUGACAGUUUUAAAUCGCGAUGAGGGUUAUAUUAACAUUAGUGAGCCUUCCGGUUAUUACAAAAUCGCCAGUAAUGCCAAUAAAAAGGUGCAAAUCAAUGUUAAAUAUCGCGGUUAUCCCUUCCCAACGCUCACUUGGCACAAACCGGACAACACGCAAAUUCAUCCAUCGAAAAAGUAUAUCAUCAACACAACCGACACUUCAAUAACACUGCAAAUACUGAAUGCACAACUCGAAGACAGUGGUGAAUAUGUGGUGCGCGCCAAGAAUGAAUUGCUGAUGAAAGAGUUGAAAUUCAAUGUGAGCAUCAGCGACAAGCCCAAAGUCACUGUGGACGAUGUGUACGUACAGGCUGGCGAGGAAGCGCAUUUGCAGUGUAAAGUGUUAGCUUAUCCUGCCGCUAUAGUCUCAUGGGUAUUUACACCAUGUAGCAUAGCGCCGCGUUGGCCCUCGUGUGACAAGCGUUUGGAACAAAAUUUUAAUUCUACACGGAAUGCCCAACCCGGCAAAAUGGCGGUCGAAUAUAUACAUGAGCUGCAUUUCACGCCCGAACAGCCAGGUAUUAUGCAUUGCGUGGCAGGCAAUGCGAAAGGAGUGAAUGAAGGUAAAGGUCAUGUGCUCAUUGGCGAUAUAGACGACAAUAUGACCAUAUUCGGUACGGAUGAGAAUAAAAAAAUCGCACGUGGUGAUGAGGUGACACUCACCUGCGCUGCGCUGUCUUACUACUUCUCUGAUGAUUUGGAUUGGUAUAAAGAUGGCGAAUUGGUGGAAGAUGGCAGCAAUUUUGUCAUCACCAACUCCUCAACCAACUACUCGUAUCAGAAAACGCUAAUAAUCAAAAACAUUCAGGAACGCAAUCAGGGCACCUAUGAGUGUCGUGGACGUAAUGCGAACAAUCCCGAUUUGCAAGAAACCAAAUAUCGCAGCAUUUUUGUUUAUGAACCUUUGGCACCACGUAUGGUGCAAAGCAAUCUUGAUGACAGUGAUAAAUUGGAGCGCAAGCUUGGCGAUGCUUUACAAUUGGAAUGCCAGCCGGAAGCCAUACCAGCGGCCGAAGUUCAUUGGUAUAGAGAUGAUGUUGAACUGAAUAACAGUAGUUAUGUGGACAUAGUGGACGAAGGCAGCAAACUAAUUAUACAAUAUAUCAAACCUGAACACGAAGGUGUCUACAAAUGUGUGGCCCUAAAUCGUUUGGGUUCUGUCGAAUUAAGUUCGGCGGUUAAAAUUACAAAUUUACCACGCAUACGCAUCAGUUGGAUACUUGGCAUACUGUUCUUCUUCAUUUUACUCAUUGCCUUGGUGAUCUAUUUGUAUGUGCGUGUUAUGCGCGAACGCCAGCGACUGCGCGAGUUCAAAGCGGCCGGUCUCGCGAAUUUCGAAGAAGGCGCCGUAGAGCAUAUAAAUCCCGCACUGACUUUAGACGAGCAAGCCGAUCUAUUGCCGUAUGAUCGUGCCUUUGAGUUCCCACGCGAAAAGUUGAAAUUGGGCAAGCAAUUGGGUGCUGGUGCGUUUGGUGUGGUAUUGAAAGCUGAUGCAGAGGGCAUACGUCCAGGUGAAAAGGAAACUGUGGUAGCGGUGAAAAUGGUGAAACGCAUUGCUGAUAAUGAGGUGAUGCGUGCGCUUGUAACGGAAUUGAAAAUUUUGGUGCAUCUCGGACCACAUUUGAAUGUUGUCAACCUGUUGGGCGCUGUCACCAAGAAUAUUGCGAAACGUGAAUUAAUGGUUAUUGUGGAGUACUGUCGUUAUGGUAAUGUACAAAACUUUUUACUGCGCAAUCGUAAACGUUUCAUAAAUCAAAUUAACACCGAAACUGAUAAAAUUGAUCCAACCAUUACGAAACAACGGUUUUCGGAUAAUUUCGAAUACAAUCGUGAUGGAGUAAAAUAUGUUAAUCUGGCAUUUGCAAAUCAUCAAUAUGUUAAUCAUAUGAAUAAUGUGAACAAUAAUUACACGGCAAAUAAUCGUAGAAACUCUGACGAGGAUCCACGCUCUGGCACACGUGCUGGACGUCCCAAUUCCACUGGAUAUUUGCGUCAAUCGGAUUUGUAUGAGGGACAUGUGGAUAGUUGUGCCACAGAGCAGACUAUCAUUACCACAAUACCGGAGGACGAUGAUCAUGUGCUCUCCAAUAAUUCGGUGCAACCUGCUUGGCGCUCGAACUACAAGCCAGAUAGUACAGAAGCGAUGACAGUUACCACAACACAUUUGGUGAGUUGGGCCUUCCAAGUGGCACGUGCCAUGGACUAUCUGUCGUCGCGUAAAGUGUUACACGGUGAUCUGGCUGCACGUAAUAUAUUGCUUUGUGAGAAUAAUGUGGUGAAAAUUUGCGAUUUCGGCUUGGCACGUUCCAUGUAUAAAAGUGAGAAUUAUAAGAAACAAGGCGAAGCACCGUUGCCCAUCAAAUGGUUGGCACUGGAAUCGCUCAGCGAUCACAUAUUUAGCACAUACACUGAUGUCUGGUCGUUUGGUAUUGUUUUGUGGGAGUUCUUUUCAUUAGCGAAAGUGCCCUAUCCCGGUAUGGAUCCGAAUCAGAGUUUAUAUUUGAAGAUCAAGGAUGGUUAUCGCAUGGAGAAACCGCCAUAUGCUAAUAAUGAAUUGUACGACAUAAUGCUGGAGUGUUGGAGUACAAAUCCGGAGAGCCGUCCAUUAUUUAAUGUGCUGGAAAAGUAUUUCGCACGCAUGCUGGGCGAUGAUGUGACAAAUCACUAUGUUGAUUUGAAUGACACUUAUUUGCGCGCCAACAUGGACAAUGCAAAUCCCAAAGCAACUGAUUAUCUAUCGUUAAUGGGUUCACCAGACGAAAUGGCACCGGCGCCACCACGCUAUGUAAACGGCCAUAUAUUACCAGAAAUACGUAUACAGCCAUCUACUUCCGACGACUACUUAAAUAUGAGCAUCGAAACUGGUACAACCAUUUUCUCACCGACACGUCCAAAAGAUUAUCAAAAUUCAAAUGAUGAUACAAAUACAACAACAACUUCUUUCACCUUCCCAGAUAAUCUAGCACCAACAGCACCACCACUAGAAUCACAACAUUCCCCAACAUUAUUGAAUAAUCUCAAUAGUCCAGCGAAUAAGAAUCGCAAAAAAGAGGGCAUACAACCGGAGGAGAUACCAAUGCUGCCGGGCGCACAUCACACAGCAUCCGAUGAUGGUGACGAGAGUCCGGAGCAAGCGCGAAAGUUCGCCAGAAACAUAAUAUCACAACAGCAAGUACGCGCUGCACCCACACCGUCACCGCGUCAUCACAUCGCCGAGACGGAACUCACCGGUGGCGAUAACUAUGUGAAUGUGAAAUCACCGAAGAAUGGUGCGAGAACGGCAGAUGCAUUUUCAAACCCUAGUUAUCAAAUAUUAAAGACUGUAUCAAAGGAAGUGGAAGAUAAAUAGAGUGGGUGCAGCAGACAAUCCAAUAUAAUACAGCGCGUACGGUUUAAUAUAAGGUGCUUUUUUACUAUUGCAAAUAUAUACGUGGCUGCAGAUAUGAGCGAACAAAUAUGGUCAAGAUUGAAUUAGAUUUCGACUUUCCAGUUAACUAUAACCUACAAACUAUAUUUGUGUGUUAACUAUGGGGAUGAUAAAGUUAAAGUCGAUUUAUACUGAAUUUUGCUAUUAAGUGUACAUUUUCAGUGUCAAAAGAAUUUAGAAUUAUAAGUACCGCAUGUGAUGAUUUUGCAUAUUAUUCAUAACUACUUUGCACUUAUAUGAACGGCUUAAGCUCUUAAAAUGGCAUUGCACUUUUAGAUGAAAGUGUGCUAGCAUAAAAAUGCAAGAAGCAUUUAUCGAAAUGGAAGCAUAAACGGUUGAAGAGCAUUAUAUUUUCCAUUAUUUCAUUUCAAAAUAGUCUUAAAAUUAUAUACGAACUUAAAGUUUAAAUUUUUUGUUAUUCAAAAAAGUAUUCAAAAUGGUUAGAAAUCAUUUAUACUCCUAUAUACAUACUUAUAUGAAUAGUAAAACAAUGAUAUAGCCUAUUUACCGACUUGAAUACUUACAAAUAAUUGUGUGUGUUUAUGUAUUGCCCUAAAAAUAUUGUACAUUUUAAUUAACUAUCUUCAUGUAAACAUAAAUAAUUGUUGUACACUAAAAUUUAAGUGAUAUACUUCCGUUAUACAUACUUACCUACAUAUAUGCUGAUAGAUAGUUUAAGAUUAUAUAUUUACAAAUUAAUUUAAUUGUACAUAGACUACUUUUAAAUCAACUGAGCGUUUCAUACUCAGCAGACAAGUGAACGCAGAACUUUUCAAAGUGCUAUAUAAAAAUCUAGUUAUAUUGCAAUAAGUUUUAAAUUUUGUGAACUUGAAUGCCUUAAACAUUUUACACAGAAAUAAAAUCUAUUAAAUACUGGAAACUUAAACAGCUUUAUGAAUUCUUUAAA